AUGUUCGGCCGACAGUUUGAGCGCGCGGGCCGCCGCCUGGCGCAGCAAGCAAACACAGUGUCGCGGUGCAAACCGGGGCACUGGACGGGUCGUCUCGAGACGGCGCCGCUGCGGCCUCAGCGGCGGGCAUACUCGGCGUCCGGAGAGGCGGCGUCAGCAGGGCAACCAAACGGAGCCGGAAGUCUGUUCCGCAAGGCGGCGACGUACGCGGCCGUCGGCGCGGCGUUCAGCGCCAUCGGAGCGGCAGCGGCGUGGAAGGCGCUGACGGCGCACGGGCUCGGGUUCUACUCCGACGAGGAGAGCCUGCUGCGGUUCAACGCGAGCGAGGUGGACGACGAGGCGCGACGAGUCGAAGAGACGAUCAACAGCCACCCGCUGGUGGUGGAGCUGCGGUCGCGGCCGGAGCUGACCGAGUCGCGGCCGCACAUGAAGAUGCCGGCGCAGUACAGCGGGCGCAGCCUCACGGGCGGGGCGCUGGUCGGGCCGGGCAAGGUGCCCGUGCCGGCCUUCUGCUGGACCGAGGCCGGGGGCAAGUCGUUCGUGUCGGUCGUGUACGUGGGCGACAACCUGUGCGGGCACCCGGGCAUCAUCCACGGCGGCUUCCUGGCGACGAUGCUGGACGAGGGGCUGGCGUGGUGCUGCUUCGGGGCGCUGCCGCACAACAUCGGCGUGACGGCCUUCCUCAACAUCAACUACCGCAAGCCGGCGCCGGCGGGCAGCUUCCUGGUGCUGCGCGCCGAGACGACGAAAGUCGAGGGCCGCAAGGCGUGGGUCAAGGGCCACAUCGAAUUGCUGGCCGAGCCGGGCGAGAAGCCGACGGUGCUGACCGAGGCGGAGGCGCUCUACGUGUCGCCCAACAACAUCACCUGGCACCCCUCCCUCUCGCGCCGCGAGCGCAACCAGCUCCGCGGCCAGCGCGGCCUCACCAUCUGGCUGACGGGCCUCUCCGCGUCGGGCAAGUCCACCGUCGCCACCGCCCUGGAGCAGCACCUCCUGCACCUCGGCCGCGCCGCCUACCGCCUCGACGGCGACAACGUCCGCUUCGGCCUCAACAAGGACCUGGGCUUCUCCGAGGCCGACCGCAACGAGAACAUCCGCCGCAUCGGCGAGGUCGCCCGCCUCUUCGCCGACGCCUCCACCGUCGCAAUCACCUCCUUCAUCUCCCCCUACCGCGCGGACCGCGACCUCGCCCGCAAGCUCCACGACGCCGCGCCCCAGGGCUCCGACGACGAGCCCAUCCCCUUUGUCGAGGUCUUUGUCGACGUGCCCCUCGAGGUCGCCGAGCAGCGCGACCCCAAGGGCCUCUACAAGAAGGCUCGCGCCGGCGAGAUCAAGGAGUUCACCGGCAUCUCCGCCCCUUAUGAGGAGCCCCUCAACCCGGAAAUCACCAUCAAGACCCACGAGAACUCUGUUGAAGAGUGCGUCGCCCAGAUUACCCAGUGGCUCGCCGACAAGGGCUACAUCACCAUCCCUUAG